AAAGCAGAAGCUGAGGGCGGGGGAGGGACGGAGCUGAGGAAACUUUCAUGAAGUGUCUGAUCUGUGGAUCCAUAUUGUCGGGUGGACAUGUCCCUCAGAGCCGGGGCUCAGUGAUCUCGGGUCAGGAUGGCGGCUGCUGACAAGCCUCUGAAGGAGGGACAGCUGCACAUCAAGCAGAACAGGGUAGUAAAGAAGUGGAAGAGAUGCUAUAUGGUCUUGUAUCCGGACUCUCAGUUUGGGGUGGCUCGACUAGAGAUCUAUGACUGGAAGGAUGGCACAUUGACUGGAGAGAAGAUAUACGCCCGACGUGCCGCUGACCGGAAGGUUAUACGACUGUCAGAAUGUAUCCAUGUGGCCCCAGCCCCAACAGAGAAUGGCCACAAAGAAAACAUGGCAGCAUUCAUCAUAGAGACAAGCGACAAGACCAUGGUGCUCUCCACAGAGCGCCUGCAGUGCGAGGAAUGGGUGCAGAGGCUAAGCGAAAUCGCCUUCAUGGGAAAGGUGGACGGCUCCCAGGACAAGGGGUCAGAGGCCUCAGAUGGGGUCACGUCCCUGGAGAUGGCUAUAAACAACAUUUACUUCUCCCGAAAGGAAGUGUCUGAAUACCGGGUCACUGUGCAGAGGACAGAAGCUGCAGAGCGUUGCUCUCUCCGCGGAACUUAUAUUCUGAACGCUGAUGACGAAUGCUUGAUGCUGAAGGAUCCAAGCACUAUGAAAGUCCUGUAUUCCUGGCCUUACAAACUGCUGCGGAGGUAUGGACGAGACAAGGUCAUGUUCUCGUUUGAAGCCGGCAGAAGAUGUCAGUCGGGUCCUGGAAAUUUUACCUUUGAGACAACACAAGGUCAUGACAUUUUUCAGAAAGUUGAAGGUUCAAUCCGGGCUCAGCAAGGUUCAGAAAACCGUCUCAGCUGUCCUAUUCUGGAUACAGAGAACCCCUCGGAUAACACCUCUCUGGGAUCAGACUCGGGUGGAUCUGACACCCAAGUCAGAAAGGACAUGGAGGAGAAGUCUCUUAAAGGCAGGGCUCUUCCCAAUCUCCCAUCGACUAAACCUGUUCAGCCCCAGCACUUGCUUGACCAUUCGUCAUUGAGUGCAAUACCAGGGAAGACCAACACUCCCCCACGCUCUCCACUUUCUCGAUCUUUAAGUUAUCAAUCUGGAGAGAAUGAGCACCUGAUGGUUUAUUCAGAGCCCAAAGACUCUGUUAAGGGGGUCAAUCCUCAUUUUGAUCCCCUGUAUUCAGAUCCUGUGGACAGUGUGGCUGGUCAAGGUGUAAGGCCACAUAAGGACAAAAGUGCAGCUUCUCCUCUUUACUCAGACCUCUAUGAACACGUUGGCUACGAAGUUGUAGGAGGAGGUGUCGGUGCACCUUCUAUGGGGCUUCCAAAACUUCCAAGAGGAGGUGAGGAGCAUAUUUAUGAUGAGCCUGAGGGCAUGGCACAAUCUAGUACUCCACUUCAGUUAUACUCAGAGGUACAAACUGAGGCUGGGGCCUGGAAGAAGCAAGCCAACGAUGACAAGGUGGGGUAUGAGUUUCCAUACAAUCCCAACUCGGAUGACUACUCUGUGCCAAACUUUCUGGGAAAACCCAGUCAGCCACGCAACAAGCCUGGUACUAAACCUAUUCCUGCUCCAAAGCCUCAAGCAAAGCUAAUUCCAAAACCACCAGGGAAAGAAGACGAUUUUGAGAAGGUAUUGGUGGUGGCUCAUUGCAGCCAAGCAAACAGGAACAAUAACAAUGGAAACACUCAACCCAUCUAUAGUCAAGUGAUAAAAACAGUGACAGUAGAGACCAAGCUAAAAAUGAUGCCGCCCCUGCCACCAAAACCACAGUCUACACCACCCCUACCAGUGAUGGGCAAACCUCUACCAUCACUAUCUGCAUCAAAUAAACCACAGCCUGGGACUUCCCCAAAUAAAUCUCAGUUUGCUAAAAGCCCUAUCACCCAUGAGGAUGUCGACAACAUGACAAGUGUCCUAGCCUCUGGGACAUUUCAGCUGCCACAGGCUUCAGAAAAAGUACCUGGUGAUUUGAUCUAUGAGGAACUGGGAGUUUUGUGACCCGAAUGCUGAAAUGGUCACAUGUUUUGUAUAUGCACACACAUUCUUCUAAUGUCCAUCAGUUUGUGGCCUCUGCUCCGAUGAUCAGGAACAGACUCUGCUUGAUGUUCUUUGAGGUUGCAGGCACAACAUGGAAGGUGGUGGGUAAAAAGCUGCUGUCUAUAGACACAUGGGUUUAAGAAGUCCACCCACAAGGUGAAGACACUGAUCCAUGAGCUCCACUCUCUGAGAAGAUCCGCAUCCAUUGCUAGCUUCUUCUUCUCCCAGUUUUGGGGAUUUAUGACCUGUACCCACAAUUCUAAAGGUGGUUCCAUGUAUCUCACCUGUGAUUUGUGGUUGGACAGAGAUGAUCGUCUACUACUACAGUAGUCCCGGGUGAAGCUGUCAUGGCUGCUCCUGGCUUACUGCAGACUGUAAUAUACACGGUAUCUAUACCAGGAUGACUUCUAUAAAUCUGUGAGGCUCCCAACCCGGUCUGCCAGAUGAUGCUGUGCAGUUUUAUAAUACAAGGAAUAAAUUGUUCUGGGUUUAAUGAUUAA